UGAAAGGUUUCUCCAAACAGCUGUGAAUGACAUGCUGCAAUUUGUGGGAGGUCGUGGUGUUGCUCCAAAAUAUUGUUAAAAUUAGUGAGUAAAACAAGUUUAUUUUGUGUGAAAAAUGAUGUGAAUCAGUACUAUGAGUGCUGUAGUGUGUUUUUUGAUAAUUUGUGCCAUCAUCUACGGUGGAAUAACAUGGCUACUCCCCAAACUCUUUGGAUGGUUUCUUGUGCACAAAUUCAAAAUCAAGGUGCGCUUUGGUCGGAUAAGCUUCCCUUUUUGCUUGAGAGAUGUUGAAGUCUGCAAAAAUGGAUUUUCUGUGCACAUCGAUGAAAUUGGGAUUCGCAGUAGUUUCUUCAAUUCUGAAGUGUCAAAAUUCCUCUCAAUUAACAUCCGCGAUAUUAGGAUCAACAAGGAUAUUGUGGGUAAAACUGGAAGUGGUUUUCCACCUCCUACAGUUUAUUCCGACCCUGUGGACUUUCGUAAUAAGAAAGUGCCAACAUCCAUCAUUAACUUUGCCCAGUUUAUGGCUAUCCACGUCUAUAACAUCUCAUUGGUGUUGAUGAACAAUGAUUUGGACGCUGGAUGGUUGCUUCAUGCUAUUGCCAGUGAAUUACAUUUGGACGGAAGUAUUGUCCACAAUUCCAAGACACUGAUAGUUACCGCUGCUCUGUGUGAUGCCCAAGCCAAGGUGCUUAGGCAUUUUCCCACGAGAAAGCCCUCCCUGGAGAGCCACAGUAAAAUCAAGCCAUCUCUGGCAGAGAUUAAUUUUGGUGUGGCUCUGGAGGGAAUUUUGUUGGCUCAGGGACCAAUUUCUGUGGAGAAUCUCCAAGUGACUGUGAGCAAUACCAAGACUACACUUCACGAUGGCCUCUACAAUUUUAUGCGUGAUCUCAGGAGAAGUUCAUCACCAAAGAAAAGUCACUCAGUGGGUUGUGCAGAAAAGGACGGGCAGAAUGCUUAUGAUUGUAUCUCACCCAUUAUUCCAAAGAGCUUUACGCUCAAAAUUGAAGAUACCACAAUUUCUUCAGUGAGAGAAAAUAGUUCCAAUGAUUUUUCUGCUCAACUUCAAGCCUUCACGGUUAGUGGGAAGUUUAGCAGAAAUAAUUCUCAGACACAGUACAGUCUCCCAAUUCUCUAUAUGGGAUUGCAUGUUCAGAGUUUUGAGAUUGACACAAAUCACGAGAAGAUUCUCUUUGUGGACAAGUUGACUAUGGAUUCGAAGUUGGAGAAUGAUACUGUGAAUCUCUACUUGAAGUUGACAACUUUUCAGGUAAUUUAUAACCAUCCGGAUAUCUAUGGAUGGCUAAAUAGUAAUUUCCUGCAAGCUAUGAAAUCCAAUCCGGGUCCAAUGAGAGUUAAAUCGCGUCAGGAUGUUGAUAGGAAUGGAGAUGAGUCAGCUGUAGAGGCUUUCUUGAAGAAAGUUGUUAUCAAGGGAUGUGCAGAGUUGUGGAAUGUUUCGUGCUUGGGAAAGCUCAGUGGAGGUCAAUCGGCGACCAUUAACAUCAAUCAUGCUAAGCUUUUGCUGGAGCAAUUUGAUGAGAUCAGGAGUUGCGUGUAUGAGAAUAAAUUGGCCAAUUUGCUGUUGGAGAAUCGUCACUGGAGCACAGAACUCAUGGUGGAGGCUCUCUGGUGGUCCUUGGGAAACAGUGGAAAGGAGUUCAAUAAGAAGAAGGUGCAUACCAAAGGAAGUCCCUUCUAUAUGGGAGUCAGUCUCAUUAAGAUCAGUAGCUAUGGGAACGCUACGAAAUUGGAUCUAUCUGUUCAUACUUUGAGGCUGGAAUGGAGUCCUCUCCUGACAGAAUUUAUCAGUCAGACGCUUUCUUGCAUUGAGCAGUACAAAAUGCCAAAGUUGCAAGAUCAAGUUCUGAGGAGUAGUCGGAAGAGGAUCCGGGAGAAUAAUGGAAGUAUUCUCGUGAAUGCUAAAGUAACAGACAUCAAUUUGUUCUUUUUCAAUUCGCACGAAGCUUGCGUUCUCAUAAACUUGACUGAAGUGUCUCUGGCUAGAAAUCUUCAAUUGACCGUCCUCAAACUCUGUGGCCUUCAGAUGGCUUUUAGAAAUGAGGUGAGCAGUAUUGGGUUGACACUGAGUGAUUUUCCUGAUGUUUUCUCCUCGGUGAAGUUGAUACGAGUUGAGUAUCAGCCGCAAUCGAAAGUUCCCGAUGUGCCUCAGAUAACUGUCCAUGUGGCCAAUAAUACAGAAAUUGUAUGGAAUUCUCUUCUGCACAUGCACAUUUUUACCCUUUGUCAGGAGAUCAAGGCUUUCCAGGACUCUCUGGGUGUGGCAAAAGAUAAAAAGUCAGCUGAACCAGUUCCAGAGACAGAUCAGAAAAUCAAGUUGAUUUUCGAUUUGUACGCCGAGGGAAGUUCAAUGCUGGGAAUUAAAAUUUCUCAGAAGCAUUCAAUGCAGAUUUUCCUGGAAAAUCUCUAUCUAAGUCGAACAGAUCGAUGGUUGAUUUCUCUGGAAAAUGGCUAUAUUAAUCUCGAUGAGCAACAUAUCUUCACAUUUAAGGAUGUCAAUAUGAGACUUCUAAGAGAAGUUGAUAUGUUAACAGCUGAAAGGACUCACUAUGAAAACUUUGUUCUGCCGUCAAAUCGUGUCUGGGUGACAUCAAUCAGGAGAUUCAGUGGAAUCUUCCCAUAUGACUAUAACUUUUCCGAUGCAAUUCAAAAUGAAUUUGUUUCACUGUUCAAAUGGCUCAAAGUCAUUCAUAAUAUCAAGAAGAAGCCCUUUACAGUUAACUCACCACUUCCCUGUGAUAUGCUCAUUCAAGUCAAAGAAUUUUUACUAGAGAUGAGUGAUGAUCCAUUUGAAGUUAAACUCAGGGAUAACUAUGUUUUACUUCUGGAUGAAUACAACGAAAGUAUCGAAAGGAGGGAAUUGCUUGAGCAGAAAAUAGCACAGAUGUGUCAGGAAAGGCCAUUGAUGCCGGCUAGGACGAUUGAAAGUAUGAGAGCAAUGCUGGAAAAGAAGAGUUCCGAGAUCUACAUUCAGAGAUCCAAGAAGAUAGCCGAAGCUGGACCACCGCGAACUAGGCUAAUAGCCUGGAUUAUGUCAGAUCUGGAGAUUAUGGCAAUGGCAGAUCCGUCGAUUCAUGGCACGGAGAAUGUCGUAAAGAUGAUGAAGGAGAUUGAUAGUGAUAGUCCAUGGCCAGAAGAGGGCCUGGAAUUUAUAACGCUCUGGUGUCGAGCUGUCAAUAUGAGUUGUUCUGAAUGGAAAUUCAUGUUGAGGGAUUUUCCACAGCCGAUGUUUGCAGUGAAGCAAAUGAGGUUGUUUGGACAUCUCUGUGGGGCGGAACAAGUGGCGCCCCGCAGGGCAAAACGUGAUGUCCAGAUUGAAAUUGGGGAACCCUUUGGUACCCAUACAAUUCAACGAGGAAUGCCAGCUUUGAAGUUCUACCAUGACUUUGACUGUGAACUCGAUCAGUGCAGUUACGCCUUUGGACCGUGUUGGGAACCAGUAAUGGCUCAGUGUAAUUUGAGUUUUGAGAAAAUAUCAGCUCCAUCUCGAGAUCCUAGUCCUCUACUUCCGUUCUGGGAUAAACUGCGACUUUUACUCCAUGGACGUCUAACGAUGAUAGUUAGGCAAUUUACAGUACUGUUGCAUGCCUCACUAGACCCGUAUAAUACGACAGAAGAGAUGGAGUUGACAUGGAAUAAUUGUGGAAUUGUCUGGACCAAUGCUAAAGUGAUGUUCAAGGGAGAGCUCAAUGUGAGUGUGAGAACAGCUUCGAGAUAUGACGAUUGCAGGCUUCUGCAUUUCCCAAAUCUUAAACUGACAUUCAAACUUCACUGGAUUUGCCUGGCUAAUCCGAAUGAUCAUCAUUCAGUCAUCCCAUGUGCUCCCGACAAACUACCAGAGUAUUCUAGCAAUCAAGUUCAUGAUUCCUUCAGGGCUUUUAGAUCCCAAAACCUAAAUAUUUGGAUAUCAUUUGAAACUAGAGCAGUUUCAGGACAACAGCCAGAAAUUGAUAUACCCAAUUUAGUGCUCUAUGGUUCGACUUUGAGAUGGUUUGAGAAUCUAAAGCUCAUUCUGUCAGGUGUAACGAGACCGACGCGUCGUGGACCAGUUUUCAAUAAUGUUCGUCCGAGGAAGAAGCAACUGAGUCGACACUAUCGCAAAGCACAUCUUCAGAUGAGUUUGCACAAAUUUCAAGUUCUCUACUGGAUUUCCCAUGCUCUCAAUCGGGGAUUUGAACUGAAUGGUGGAAGGGUGUCUUUUAGUUCUGAACACACCCUAACCCUCUAUCCCAUAGAUGAUGGUUUGAUUCAUAGACCACGAGCUGAUUGGGCUACCAUGUACAUGAAUUGUGAACUAAAUGAUACUGAGAUCUGGCUGAAGAGUAUUCUAAAUGAGAGAGCUGAUGCAAGUUCAGAGAGUCUAGUCAAUACGGAAAAUCCCAAGAUUGUCAAAUUCUACUUUUUAAGUGUAGCUAAGGUUUCUUACGGCCGGGAAGCUAUGCUUGCAUCAACGGGAACAUCAAGUGAACAGAAGCACAAGGAUAGUCCUACACACAAAUUGGUAGUGUACGAUCUCAAGGGAGCCUGGACGAAGAAUAAUAGAGAUGUGGCUUUUGCUCUCUUUGACUCCUUCAUGAAGUCUCAGAAGUUGAAGAAGAACCUCUCAACAGAAGUAUUAAAGGGUUUCCGCAAAGAUGGUGGUAGCACAACGACUCCUUUGAAGACACGUCGAACUGACUCCAAUAUAUCCACAGUUACACCACCACCAGGAAGUUCAAUUCUUGCAGCUGGAACACCUACAAGUAGCCUCAAUAAAUCCCAACAGACUAGUCAUGCUAUCACAAUGCUGCAACAAUUGAUUGCCGAGGCUGAUCACAAAUUUCACGUCUACAGUGAUGAUCUGUCAACGCAAACCAGGGAACAACAACUACAGGGACUUCAGGCUUGUCAGGAUUCCGACGUUACCCACUACAACUGGUUCAUUUCGCUAGUGAAUUCCCAAGUACUCCUCAAAGGAUGCGAAACCUCUGGCUAUGUCAUCCUAAGUGCUGCCAAAACAGAAAUUCUGCAACGAGUUCAUCGACCAGUUUGGCGGGAUCGGAGUCUCGUGUCUAAGACAACUUGGGUGGGUUCCCUAGAGUGCAUGCAGUAUUAUGCCACAGUUAGUGCUGGUGAGAAUGAUUCACUCUUGGAUGAGAAUAUUAUGUGGUUGACCGUGGAUAACAUCCAGGAGAAGGACAAAGAAGCCACGGUGAUCAAUGAACUUCCUGACAUCCCUCAUCUGGUGGGUAGUGGUCAGAGUGUUGGUGGUGUCGUGUCUGAGACAGUGGGAGCUUCUGGACCACCAGGAUUGACAGCAACUCAAUUGCAACGAAUAGUAUCCAGGUGCAAGUGUGAAUUUUUCUACGUCAGCUACGGAGAUACAAGUAUUGAUCCAGGAACACUAACUGAAGUGCCCCCAGUACCGGCAGAGGAUAGUCUGAGUCCAUGGGAACGUCAGGAUGAUCCAGUAGAUGCAUUCACUCUAAUGCAUCAUGAUCUAAAUGUCUGCACAAAUUCUCUGCAAUAUGCAAUGAUCUUGGACAUUGUAAAUAAUUUGAUGCUUUUUGUGGAGCCACAGAGGAAGCAGGCCUCUGAGAAGCUAGCCAGGAUGCGUUUCCAGUUGCAGCUGUCGAGUGGAGAGGACCAGAAGAGACCUAUUCUGCAUCUUCAAACUCAAGUGAGGAAUCUCAUGUCUCAAUUGAGAUUCUUUGAGAAGGAGAUUCAUUUGAUUGGAAAAGCCCGGGCUGAACAGAGAGACAGUGAGGAUCUUCGGAAGGAAUGGGAAGAAGUUCACUCACAGAUUCAAGAGUGUAAAGAAAAAUUAAAUGUAAAGAGUGAGGAAUUGGACAUGAUACUCUCUUGCUACAAAGAGACCCAACUAUCAGCCAUGAAUAAGCUGGCGACAAUCCGUAAGGAUAAGCCUCUAACAAUUGUUCGAGCAAAUGAAAUUUGCUUUAAGCAUGCCCAAUGGCGAUUGACGGAGGCUGAUGGUCAGAUUGGUAUUGCUGAUCUUAUUCUCAGUAAUUUUCUCUACACCAAAAAGUCAAAGAGCGAUGAUUCUGUGGAGCAUCUUCUUGAAUUGGGCUACAUCAGGAUGUGCAAUUUGAUACCACGUGAGACAUUCAGAGAGGUUCUCUGUGCCACGGAAUUGCAACGUGAGAUGCCAGUGGAUCAUAAGAGAGUUCUGCGAGUGUUUUGUCGGGAGAAGCAGCCCGUUGGGGGGAUUUCGGUGAAGGAGCAUUUUGAAAUUAAUGUAGUUCCUAUUACAAUUGCCAUCACAAAGAAAUUCUACAGCACAAUGCUGAAAUUCUGCUUUCCUGAUCGGGAUACGUCUGAAGCUGAUGCUGAUGACAUUGAUGAUGCUGCAAGCACCACUUCAGGCAGUACCACAUCACUGAGAUCCUCAAAGCGUUCGAGCAAAAGCAAGAAGAGUAACAAAGAUUCAGAGUUCUAUGUGAAAAUUGUCAAGGAUGAUGUGGAAAAGAUGAAGGAGAGAGCUGAGAAGAACAAACUGUUCAUUUAUAUAAAGAUUCCCGAGGUUCCUGUUACAGUCAGCUACAAGGGCAAUAAGGAGAAGAAUUUUGAAGACAUCACAGAUUUUUCUCUGGUCAUUCCUACACUGGAGUAUCACAAUGUCACGUGGACAUGGUUGGAUUUGCUGUUGGCAAUGAAGACGGACAGUCGUAGAGUGAUUUUGUCACAGGCGAUCAAGCAAAAGCUGCAGAUCAAUCGACAAAAGCCACUCACUUCGAUUGGGGAAAGGCCAUCACCACAGGAAGAGGACAAGGCCAAGAUGCUGUUUGGAAGCAGACACGCAAUUGAAAAUCGAAGCCAAAGAAAGGGUGUUUUUAAAUUUAACAAAUCUUAGAAGUAUUUGACGUGAAUUAAUGAAUUUCCACAGGAAACGCGCGUGCUUUCGCCAUUGAAGGGAAAAAUGGCAUAUAAAUGUGCUUUUGGUGCCCUAUGUUGGCACAGAUAAAGAAAAAAGUUACGAGAAAUAAGAUAUUUAAAUGAAAACAAAAUCCCAUGUAUUUAAUAAAUGUAAAAUUAUUCUUCUAUCACCAAAUAAAUUAUCAACUA